GUAUUCGUCCAUAUUUAUAACAUUCCUCCUAGUCACUAGAGACAGAGUACGCUCGUGAACCAUCCUUGGUGGCCGAUGGAGUCACCGACGUUCCUUUUUUCGUUCAAGUUGUUGGCCAUCGGCCUCACGGCGAUCGUCCUCGCCAAAUUCGUCAUUUUAUUGCACCAUCAGUACAAUUAUUGGAGAAAGAGGCGGGUUCCCCAUGUAGGGGCCGUGCCCGUCCUCGGCUCAUCGUGGAGGAUAUUCACGCGCCGCAUGUCCCUUCCCAAUUUCUGUUCGCUCGUUUACAAACAUCGACCGAGCUCCAGGUACCUCGGCAUGAUGGACUGUUUCACGCCAGUUGUUGUGGUUCGCGAUCCGGACCUGAUCAAAGAGAUAGCCGUGAAGAAUUUCGACCAUUUCCCCGAUCAUCACAGUUUCAUCAACGAGAAGAUAGACCCUAUAUUCGGGAAGAACGUGUUCUCAUUGAAGGGCGACCGAUGGAAAGAGAUGAGGAACACACUGAGCCCCUCGUUCACGGCCAGCAAGAUGAGAUUCAUGUUCGAGCUCGUGUCCAAUUGUUCCGAGGAGUUCGUCCGUUAUCUCUACGAUCAUCCCGAGUUCUCGAGCUCGAUAGAGGCGAAGGACGCGUUCACGAGGUACACCAACGACGUGAUAGCGACCGUAGCUUUCGGUAUAAGCGUCAACUCGAUGGAGAAUCGGGAGAACGAGUUUUACGUGAAAGGAGCGGACGCGACCAAUUUCGGCGGUAUAUUUCGAUUGUUCAAGUUCAUGCUGUUCCGUAUGAAUCCACGUUUGACGAGGAUGGCGGGAUUGUCGUUCCUUUCACGGGACACCGCCACCUUCUUCCACAGAGUGGUACGCGAGACCGUGAGAGCGAGGGACGAGAGGAGGAUAGUCCGGCCGGACAUGAUUCACCUUUUGAUGCAGGCUAGGGACAAGGAUAGGCGGCCCGCAGCCACGAAUAAUCGGAUGACCAUCGAUGACAUCACGGCCCAGGCGUUCAUCUUUUUCCUCGCCGGUUUCGACACGUCCUCCACGCUAAUGUGCUACGUUGCCCACGAGCUGGCGCUUAACCCGCCCGUGCAGGAGAGAUUGAGGGAAGAGGUGGAUCGUUUCAUGGACGGGGGGAACGGGAUGAUCACGUACGAGGCACUGUUGAAAAUGGAGUACAUGGAUAUGGUCACGUCUGAGACAUUGCGAAAAUAUCCACCGAUAGUUUUCAUAGACAGGCUGUGCGUGGAGAAGUUCGAAUUGCCCCCGGCUGAGCAAGGUUACGAUCAUUUAAUCGUGCAUCCGGACAAUAUCGUUUGGUUCCCUGUUUACGGCCUGCAUCACGAUCCAAAGUAUUUCCCCGAGCCGGAGAAAUUCGAUCCGGAACGUUUCAACGACGCGAACAAGCGCAACAUCGUCCCGUAUACGUAUAUGCCGUUCGGCCUCGGACCCCGGAAAUGUAUCGGCAAUCGUUUCGCGUUGAUGGAAACGAAGAUUCUGAUCGCUUACAUGCUGCGCAAAUUCCGUAUCAAACGGACGGAGAAGACGAGAGCGUCGAUCGAGUUCAGCAAGACGAAUUUCUCGUUAACUCCUGAUCACGGAUUUUGGAUCGGUUUGGAGAAGAGAGAUCCUUAGACUUUUUUUCUUUUUUCUUUUUCUUUUCUCUCUCUCUCUCUCUCUCUCUCUCCUUUCUUUCUUUUUUCUUCUUCUUCUUCUUAUUUUUAAUUUCGUGAUAUGGGUAAGCAGUUAAGUGUACGUUGUAUUUUUUGUAUUUGUUUUUUUUUCUUUCUUUUUUUUUUUUUUCCCCCCUUUGUGAAAGGAAUAUGUGAUAUUUAAAGUGAACGGAUACUGUUCUAGAUUUUUCUAUUUUUACCGAUUAAUAUAUCGGCAGUAUUAUAAGUAUAUAAUGGUUUCUUAUUAGUAUUAGCAUAUAGUGGUUUCUUUGAUUUAACAUGAUCUUGCGAUAUGGUUAUGAAACGAUAUAUACGAGAAUAAUUUGAUAAUUUUAAUGGUUAUGACUUAAAGUGAAUGUAUGUAAAUGAAAAUAUAUAAAUUUCAUUGACAUUUGACGUGAGUUUUUUGUGCAAUAAUUUGAAAUAUUGCCGUUGAUUUGGAGCAAGUGUGAUCGAAAUAAGAUGAAUCGUGUGAUCGAUCGUUUUAUAUAUAUAUAUUUUUUUAAAUUUCUCUUUUUGUACAAAAUCUAUUCUCCUCGAUUUAGCUUAUUUUUCCUUGCGUCUCAUCCAUUCGAAAAUUGUCAAAUUUAUUUUGCAAACAUGAUUAGCCAAAAUCCGAGAGAGAAUUAACUCGCAACAAGUAUCGUACGAUGGAACGAUUUUUCGUCCUCCUCUUCGUAAUUCGAAUUUCCUUUUUUUUUUUUUUAAAUUAACUUUCUAAUCUAAAGUUGCAAGCGA